AUGAAAGCAUUCAAUUCAGGUGAUGCAGCAGGUGCUGCUGCAUUGUACGACCCGGAGGGCUACUUCAUGCCCAAUGGCAUUGAUCCCGUUAAGGGACGAGCAGGAAUUGAAUUGUAUUACAAGCAGGAUAUGUCGGAAGGUGUUAAAAGUUGCCAGAUAAUAACAGAAGAAGUAAAUGGUGCUGGUGACUGGGCUUUUGAACGUGGAAGUUACCAUCUAAAUGGUACACGUGGACCAGAAUCGGGUGCCUACUUGCAAAUUUGGAAGAAAGUAAACGGGAAAUGGCUUAUUCAUAAUGACUGUUUUAAUGUCAUCAAACCAGCACAGAAAUAA